CACGGCGACAGCGGCCAGUGUAGGGGAAAGGAUUUUUUUUACGAAAAUAGCGGGGCAACACACCGACCCAAUAAUGGUGGAUGGGCAUGAAAACCGAACCCAACAGUGCGUAAUUGGAAACACUAUUCUAAUGCUUCCCCCGGGUUGGUUUGGUUCGCGGAACCUGAACGCGUGCCUGCCAGUGAAGUAGAUAAGAAGAAAACAGACUCGGAAGAAACAGGCGAACUGUGGAAAACUGCACAGUGUGCAUGGGUGUGUGUGUAUGUGUGCGCGUGUGUGUGGGUUUGCCUGCAAAAGAUCGCAGUAAUCCGCGGCGGGGCGACCCAUCACUUUUGACAGCCGCAGCAGCGUAUCUCGGGCUGUAGCAACGAUUCUAGAGUGAACCAUUUUCCGGCCAUAACGGAACGAGAGAUCGCGUGGAGCUCGUCCGGUGCCGCUCUGCAUGAAGAAAGUGUCCCAGGUUCAAGCACCCCCCGUCCCCGCCCUCACUCAACACAACCCGGAUGAAAGGCCACCGAGGAAGGAGAAGGAGUGUUGUUCUUCGUUGACAGUGUACAUGCCCCGUGUGCAUGUGUGUGUGUGUGUAUGGGUAUCUAGUUGUGUGGGCUAGUGCGUACACGGUUGAAAUGUGUGCGUGUAUGUGUGCUAUGUGCAGUUUAUUUUUUUUCGUUCCGGAAAAGAUUAAUUUUCUCGGGGACAUCAACCACACCAACCCAGAGCCGUGCCGACGAGGAUUGUUGUGAAGAAAGUGUUAUCAAAGUGUUGAAUGGAAGAUAAAACUAUUCUCCGUCCGCAGCCAAUCGGCUCGACACGGGGGAUGUACAUUUUUUGGAGAGGAUUGUAAAAAAAUUCUCGGAAGGGCCGAAAUGACGAAUCCUCCUCUGGUGGGCAUUGCGCCUCCGUCGGAUAAAAACUACUCCCUCUAUUGAUUGGUGACCAAUUGGGGAGGUGCGUAAAACGACAGGAAAACCCCCCUACCCGCCGUCGAAGUUCUUGCGGAUGCAGACAUGAAUGAUACAUGGCUCACAGUUUUAAAGACAGCUGGACAAAUGCAUGCUACUAUUUAACGCUGGGCCGUGCAGAGAAUGGAUGUAAGCCAAACGACGGCGCCGGGUGUGUACGUGAACUACUAAUUGACUGGAAUCGGCCGAUCAGGUGUAUGGUUGACCAUCAGCACUGCCACUAGCGCGUGCCACUUGGUGAAUACCUACAACCCUGGUUAAGGGGCCAGGCCAGACCAGGUCAGACCAGAAAGUGGCUCAAAGGUCAAACAACCGUCUACUGGUUUGAGGGAGAAAGUAAACAAAGACCGUCGAACAGAACGACAACAAUAACGCGCGUCAGCAACGUGUUACUGCAACACGGUACACAGCACGCACCAACACAUCGGAUCGGUAAACGACCACACUACUUUUGGCGGUGCGAAAAAAAAGAAAAGAAAGGAAGAAAACAACCUCCACACACAGAACAGAGCAACACAAACCCCGAACUUCGCGUGCACCGUAGAAUCAAAUGUGUUGCUGGAAAUGAUUUGUAACGAGGACGUCGUCGGUUGGUUCAGAGAUCUGAAGAGCUACAGCAGAAUAGACACGAUGUGCAUUAUGCUGAACAUGUGCUUGCCGUUCGAGCUGCGGUUCCUCGGCACGUACCUGGAGGAGCUGGGCCGGAGGGACGCACCGGAGCUGCGCGGUGCCGAGCUGAAGGUGAACAAUCCGCAGGAGUUCAUCGCGGACAUUGCAUCGGGCGAACCGACCGACCAGCGGAUCCGGCGCAAGAUGGCCCUGUUUCUUGCGCUGUACCGGGCGUGCAACCAUGCGUACGCGAACGAGCUGUUCAAAACGCUCGAGGGUUGGGGUGCGCGGCCCGAUCUGCAGCGGUUGUUCGAGGAGGACGAUCAGCAGGAGCUGCUGCUCGUGUACACGAUGGCCACCAAUCAUCCGGUGUUUUCGUUCGAGCAGCGGUUGCACUGUGGCGAAAUUUUUAGCAAGCUGAAAUCGCUGGAACUGAAAGCAGCUGCUAGCCCACGGUCGGGGGAGCGUGAGGAGGUGGCGCUCGAGCAGCAGCAGCAGCAGCAGCAGCAGCAUCAUCACUCGCAGCAGCAGCAACAGCAGCAUCUUCAUCAGCACCAUCAGCAGGCACCAUCGCAGCAUCAUUCGAUGGAUUCGUUGCAUAGCAACAGUCCGCAGCAAUCGCCAAUACAGCAGCAGCAGCAGCCACACCAUCAACAGCAUCAACCGCAGCAUCUACAGAACUCGACACCUCCACCGGCCGUGCCGCCACCGCCCGGUACGGCAACGAUUCACGCACUGCCACCGAAUGCGGCACUGUCGAUGCAGAAUCUUCCCCAAGGGCCGUCCUCGCUCGGGCAGCCGAUCACGCUGACCUACGCAGGAUUGCCCGGAUUGACGCAGACGCUUGCUAAUGAUGUCACGCUUACUACGACGCACUUCCUGGAUCCAAUGCAUUCGCUGCCGGUGCAGACAGACUUUACGAUUCCUCCGCCAGGACCACCAGCCGGAACCGUGUCAUCGCGGUGGGUUCAAUCCGUUUACCAGCAGCUAUCUUAUCCGCCUCCGUCAUCAUCGCCCCACAUGAGCAACCCAUCAUCGCCGAUUCACAGUCGCACGACAAGUCCAACCCGCAUUCACCCGAGCAGUGUGCAGCAUCGAAUAAGCCGCAACCAGCAGAAUGACCAGCAACAGCAGCAACAACAACAACAACAACAGCAGCAACAACAGCAACAACAGCAACAACAGCAACAACAACAACAGCAGAAUCAAUCGCAAAUGCAAAGCUUAAAAUCUGUUGAUGAGGACCAGACGAUGGUGAUGCUGAGCCAGAUGCAGCUUCGAAACGGCAUUCGGCAAGCGCACAACACGUUGCCGCGACAAUCGAAACAGAGCUACGUCAGUCAGCAGCUUCCGCCAUAUCAUCACCAGCAGCAGCAGCAGCAUCAUUCGCAGCAGCGGGAUAGCGGUGGCAGUGGGAUCUACCAUACGGCAAACUACAACGUCAAGGGUGUCGGUGGCAUGAUGAUGGACAUCAUGAAUCAUCAACCGAACUCAACCGGUAGCGAUUCUGGCAGCUCGAUCGGUUCCACGGGCGACGUGUCGCCGCCGGAAACGCCCGGCGUGGUGCCAGCGACCACCAUCUCCACGAUUCCACACGUCCGCUCGAAUCGCUCGAGCAACAUGCGCAACAUAAACGGCCGGCUCGAAAAGCCUUACCCACCAAUGUCAUACUCACAGAUGCAUCAGCUACAGCAGACGGUUGCGCAGCAGCAGCAGCAACAGCAGCAACAGCAACAGCAGCAGCAAUUUGCCGCAUCCGACCUCAUGGUUACGAGUACGGCACAGAAUUUUCUCACAACCGGCACGACUAACGGUGCUACGAUGAGCAGCACCGGCAACAAUGGGGCCACUGGCAGCGGCGUUGUGUCGGGAGGGGUGCUGAUCAACCAAGCCGCUGUCGCUGUCCAACCGCAGCCGGGCCAGUUUGUGUACGCGGGUACACCGGCCACCUUUCCGCAGGUAAGCGUAUCGCACCGGUCCGUCGCUAGUGCGGCCCUGCCGCACGGUACCGCCUUCCGGACGGCGCCGGCCUACGCGCAGACAAUUCAGCAGCAGCAGCAGCAGCAGCCACAGCAGCAAGCGGCCGAACCGAUACUUUACCAGUACCAUCCAACGGCGGUGGUAGCCGCUACCGGCGUGCCGGGCCAGACGGUGGUAGCAAACAGCACGCUAGCGUUUCUGCCUCCGCAACCGGCAUCGACGGUAGCUAGCACGCAGACCGGUCUGCCCGGUGCCGUUCGGUCGUCCCCCUCGCCCCAGAUCGGUUUGCUACAGCAGACCAAGGUGCCUGGUGGUGGUGGUGGUACAGUAGGCAGCAGCUCGGUGGGAGUGUACGGAGCGACCAGCACGCUGCCGUACACGAGCGCGGCACCGUCGUGUUACAACUGCGGCUCCCUAAAGCAUACCGGCCUCGAUUGCCCGGAAGCGUCGAUGGAGGAUAUGACGCGAACGUCUAACUUCACGCUAGAUUACAAUACAAUAAGCAACAGUGCGACGUCGCCGAGCACGGUAACAACGCCGACGACCACCACGAUACCGUUACUGACCGGUGGAGCGCAUAGCAAUAACAAUACGACGCCGGGAGCGGGCGUAAGUCCCUCCGUGGAUCUGUCCGCGGGCAUAUCCACCAGCGGGGUGGCAUCCGGGGAGAGCGGCACUGCAGCUAGCAACAGUAGUAGUAGUAGCAGCAGCAGCAGCAGUAGUAGCAGCGGCAACAGUAGCAACAAUAGUAGCAAUACUACAAGUGGCAAUGGUAACAAAAGCAACAAUAGCACCAGUCUCAGCAGCAAUAUGAUCAGUGCCAGCAGUAAUAGCAAUAACAACAAUAACAACAACAACAACCAUCAUCAUCAACAGCAUCAUCAUCACCACCACCACCAUCAUCACGCCAAUAGUGGAAGCGUGAGCAGCAGCAGCAGCAGUAACAGCAAUAACAGCUCCAUGGAUGUGCCCUUGACCAGUAGCCUGUUGCCGGUGGACGGUGUCAGCGGUAGCAACAACAGCAGUGCCAGCAGUGGUGCUGCUGCUGCCCCUGCCAUGGGGCUCAGUGGCAGCACUGCUAGCACCAGCAGCGGCAACAACAGCGCCAGCGGUACUAGUGGUGGUAGUAGUAAUAGUAGCAAUCUCGUUAGUGCUAGCGGUAAGUGAUAAUCAUUGGAGGGAGUUAGAGUAAUCCGGUCGAACCGUUGUUCGGUUCUGGUGGCAGCAGCACUAGCUGCGUCCGUUGCUGCCGUAGCGGCACUUCUUCGUUCGUUUCCCUUGUCGUCCACUUCGCUGCAUUCUGCCAACACAACUGACCACCGUGCUUGAUGAGCACGCUGACGCCGGGACGUUCUAGAACACGCGGAAUGUCCUGUACGAGCCGCAAGGUGAAGAGGGAGAUGGAGAUAGAGAGAGAGAGAGACCGAGAGAAAGAGGGCACGUAUUGGUGUUUUACAGUUGCUAUCCUUUCAUUUCUCCUCCGGCAUAUGAUCUCGCAAUGAUGUGUCCCAUCUCUUUCUUAAUCAAGUGUGGUACGCAGUGUUCGUUCCCUCGUUUUACGAAAGAUAAGCAUAUUGGGUUUUUUUUGUCCGUAAUUUCUUGCGCGGAACUUUCCGCGCCGUUGUAAGGAUAGGCAUGCUUCGCCAGCCGAAUGUUUAGCUCAGCGCCAUGCGCAUCAAGUGCGCAAGCAAUCACUGUCCUCUGUUGUUUGCUGGCCCGACCUCAAAGCAUCGAAAGACACGAAGGAUAGAUUUAUUUUGUUAUGCGUAUAAACCAGCUAAUGUUAGACAUAUCUUCCCUUUUGGCUUGGGUUCAGUAUGCUAUCCCGUCACUAUGAUGAUGGAUGAGCAUAGCAGGGGAACGCUAAAGCGAGAAGACGAGUGUCAAACAUCGUUUGGGUGUAGGUUUUUCACACUCUGUUAUUUUAGUGACCUCUUAGAGUUAGGGUAGGAUAGAAAGAUUUUAUAAUUGCAGCAACAACACAGCAGCUGUGCGCGGCAUUGACGAAAUCCUCCAGCACAGGAUGGACAUUAGCAUCCCUCUCGAAGAAAAAAGAAAACAAUUACAUUAAAAAGGGUAGCAAAAGGGCGAAAACCCCGCGCUUCUACUGCUGUGUGCGGCGAUAAGCGUAGUACGAUCGUGAUAAGAAAUCGUACCGUUGAAAACCUACCCUCCCCCCUCCUCGAACAUGCUUUAGACGGUUACGCAAAGCACGACAAAGGUGUCACGUGUUGUGCAUCCCGCUUUGAUCAUAAUGUUUUGCGCGAUAAUGUUUGUGUAUGUGUGAUUGUUUAGUAUAUGUUUCGAAAGGUUUUACAUUUUGUUGCCAAUCUAACAGUGAUUCACCACCCUCCCAAUACAUAGCCCGAGUGUGUGAGAAGUAGACAUUCAGGCAUUGUAGAAAUUUUAAUUCAGGUUUUGUGCCAUCGUGAAAUAUUGAGACAAGGGCAGCAGAUUUCCCGGUUUUCUUGAAUGCUUUAAUGCUGUAUUCUAAUGAGAUGUGUUGUUUGUUACAUUGCGCUACUAAUAUUGGCAAAAUUGCACUCUCUUGGUUUUGCUUUCGAUACGUGCGCUCUGUGCUUUUUUUUAAACAUUACUUUACGUUGAACUUUAGAAAUUUGCUUUCGUUCUGAAACAAUCAUUCGCAUUUUGGAUGUGUUUAGGUGUACAGUUACAAGGGACGACAAACCGGUUUUUAGCGCAUAGGAUAAGCAUAGUAGCAGAUAGUUAAAUUAACGACGUAUGUAUGCUUACUACUGGGACAGGAAGAAACACGCCGAAGGGAGUAGCAUGAGGGUAAAACAAUAAAACAGCAUGGUCAGGCAGGAAAGGAACGAACCCCCGAAGCACGCAUGUUGGUUGCGGUGGUGGUAUUGUCAUCAUAUAGCCUCAAGCGUAAUGCAUUCGAAUAUGUGUUAUCCUAUCUUCAAUAUCGAUUGUAUGUUUCGUGUCGUAGUGCUGCUGAAACGACGGCAAACGCGUCCCACAGUCAGUCAUUUUGACCGUUGCCCGUUCAUGAUACAUUAAAGCUUUAAACCGGCCGGUGUGAAUGCUUACUCGGUUAAGAUGAAAUAAUGGCUAUAAACAAAACAAAAACGGGAGAAAAGUACAUACAUGUAUUUUACGCAUGAAAGCAUAAAGAUUGGAUAGGGGCAACGAAAGGAAAACGAAACAAUUACAAAUAACACGAAGAUAGGCUACAACUCAGCUAAGCUUUCUGUAAAGACCGUCUUUUUUGUUGUUUGUAAAGACAGCUUCUAAAGCUCUCCAACCCAAACGAUGAACGUUUGUGCAACAAUGCAAAAAACGCAUAAGCAUGGAUCGAAUUUGAGCAACAGCAGAAAAAUGCAUAAGAAAACCCAACAAAAAAAAAGUCUGUUAGUUAUUUACGAAUCAUACUGAGGAAAGAGAAAUCACCAGAAACAAACAAAAAAGGCAAACCAAUCAAUAAAUGGAAGCAAAAAGGUAUACUAUGUAAGACUCACCACAUUAAUAGUGUUUAAGAUGCGCAGUACCGUUGAUAAUAGUGUGGUUGGGUUUUAGUUAAAUUAAAAUUUGAAAUUUUAGAACGGCAAAUGUGCUGCGUUGGAAGCAUUCGUUUCGGCUAGGGGCAGUUUUUAUGGACGUCGCACAUGGAACGGUGUACUGUCCGGUGUACAUAGAAAAGGAUCGUGUAGAAGCGUUGCUCGAAGCUGCAGAUGCUACUGUGCUACAGAAGACAAACCAGAGAGAGAAAAGAAACAAGGGAAAGUGUAUGCAACAAUCGGCUCGACCUGUACAAUACAUGUUGGCAGCAUAUUUCGGUGGCAAGAUAAGGCAAAAUUCGGCAUCAGGGCUUUUUUUUGGUGUGUGUCUGUGUGUGUUUGUGUGUGUUGGUGUGCGUGCUACUGGAAGGAAUUGCCCUUCUACUUGUACCACUAUGGACUAUGGUUUGCAAAACAUAAGAAGGAGUAUUUGCUACCGAUGCAAAACACUUUGUUUUAAUGUGAAUUGUGUUUGUGAAGCAACAGCUUUUAAAAUUAGCUUAGACCGUCCAGGUUAGAGUUCGGGAUUCGAUUUGUAAUAUCAAAUCGUUUGACGAAAUGUGUGGUUCACAAAUUGUUUAACGCUCUUCUGUACGGUGCAUGCAGAUUGGAGCUUGUGACACAAGGAAGUUGCGAAUGGAUCUUGCUGUGCAUUGGCUUGUCCAUAAACUGGGCCUGGGGUUUGCUUUAACCUAUGCUUUAACCUGUGCAGAACGUUCGACAUUAACAUGUAACUACUGUGUGGUUUCAAAACGAGCUGUCUUAUCUUUCGACAACCCUUUCGUGCACGAGUAAUAGAAACUUCCCCCGCUUGUGUAUGUGUAUGUGCCCCAGCUGACACACGCAAAAGUCCUAAGACGAUUUCUCCACGUGUGUGUCCAUCGCGUGGAGUUCCAUACGGAACCAUCUCUAGUACUUUGACUGAAUGUGUACUCACUGUGUUUGUUUGUCUAUCUUUUUUUUUUGAAAGGGGAAAAACAAAACUAGAAAACAAGAAACUGUAGUUAAGUGAAACGGUAAAAGUACUGACAUGAUAAGAAGCACGUGGGCAACGUACAUAUAUAUAAAUAUAAUCCCAAAUGUAAGAAGAACCAAGCAAACAUAAAACAUAAAAAAGGAACAAAAAAAAACAAACAAUUAAACUUAAAGUAACGCACGUUGUGUUCCGGGUUCGCUUACGCAAAAAAAACAAAACAAAACAAAAAAAUACUACAAAGCAGUUAUUAUUCUGACUCACUAAUUCUCUCUCCUUCGCAUCGUAGCCGCGCUCUCCACACUUUUUAGUAGAUUCCAAGUAGAUGUGUAAGGAUA